AUGCAAUCGAUGCUUGCGCAGCUGGAUGCAUUGAAGAAGCGCACGGGGAUCGAUUCGUUCCGCAUGGGUUCCGAGAAUGCGGUAUCUGGAGGGUAUAAUAGUUAUCUGAGGUGGACGACCUCCAUCUUGCACAGGACUCCGUGUCCGCCACCUAUCGCGAGCUCGGCGCAGGGCAUCUAUGUGACUCUAGAUGAUGGGCGGCAACUCAUAGAUGCCGUCGGUGGUGCUGCCGUAGCAUGCAUUGGAGACGGCCACCCUGCUGUCAAGAACGCGUUGAAGGAACAGGUCGACAAGAUGUCUUAUGUAUACAACAUGCAACUGUCGAAUGAGCCUGCGGAGGAGCUGGCGAAGCUUGUUAUUGAACAGAGCAACGGGGCCUUUGACCUCGUCGGCUUCGUUUCCGGAGGGAGCGAGGCCAUGGAAGGAGUGAUCAAGACCGCUCGUCAGUACUUCUUCGAGACGAAACAGCCGCAGAGGACGAACUUCAUCGCCCGCUACCUAUCCUACCACGGCAACUCAAUCGGCACAUUGUCCCUCGCGCAUCAUGCUGCGCGCCGUGGCCCAUACGAGGGGAUCCUCGACCAUGAACACUUUCACCAUGUCUCCCCUGCGUACGCCAAGCGCUUCCAGAAGCAUGGUGAGACAGAGGAACAAUACGUCGAGAGGCUACGCCAGGAACUGGAAGACAAAUUCAUUGAGCUUGGCCCGGAUACUAUCAUUGGCUUUGUUGCAGAAACGGUCGUUGGCGCCACCACGGGAGUUGUACCGGCGCCGAAAGGUUAUUUCAAGGCUAUGAAGUCUGUCUGUGACAAGUAUGGCGCGCUAUUCAUCCUCGAUGAGGUCAUGUGCGGAAUGGGCCGCAUGGGCACACUGCAUGGAUGGCAGAGCUUCGGUGACAACGUCUCUCCUGACCUUCAGGCAGUUGCCAAGGGCCUCGGUGGAGGCUAUGCAUCCAUUGGCGCCGUUCUACUGUCGAAGAAGGUUGCCGAUGGUAUUCGAGACACGUCGGGCUUUUGGAAGCACGGCCAUACCUAUCAGGCUCAUCCUCUGGCUUGUGCGGCUUCGCUUGCUGUACAGAAGGUCAUCAUUGAAGAGAACCUGCUCGAGAACGCUCAGUCGCCUAAUGCUGUCGCUGCGCCGUUCGUCUUUGAUGUUCGCGGGGGCGGUGCGUGGUGGGGUGUGGAGUUUGAUUUUACGGGCCCGGAGGCGUCAAGAGUGAACUUCAGGGGUACACCUUUCGGUCUUCUGGCGCAGGCACGGUGCAUGGAAAAGGGCCUAAUCAUCAUGGGCCUCACCGGGGGCGCAAAUGUUGAGGGUACCGCUGGCGACCACUUGAUGCUCUCCCCCGCGUACAAUGUUACCCGGGAGCAGGUAGAGACGAUCACUAACAUAUUCGUGGAAGCUAUUGAGGAGGUACUCAAAGACAGCACUGUCUUGCGCUCGAGCGCGAGAGUGAAAGCUGCCAAACAGAAGGAGAAAGAGAAGGAACACAGCUCUACGGAACAGGCCACGUCUUCAUCCAUCCCAGCCAAACGUGCCCGCGAGGCUGCCUCAGCCAAGGGAAAGGGAAAGGAAGUGUCUGACGAAGCUUCACGGGCGAGCAAGAGGCGCAGAGCGCGCCGCGCCACUUAUCCCACCGGUUCUGCGUUAACGAUCAACGAACCUCCAACCGACACUAAAGGCAAGAGACGAGCGCAGGCAAAUAGCUCCGAAGGAGAGGAGAACCUUGCUUCGUCUUCCACUACAACCAAGCGUACGAGAACCGUCAGCGCGUACUCCCUCCGAUCCCGAUCGGAAGCUCAAGCAGCGACUGAAAUGACGAAGAAGACGAGAACGACAUCGGGGAAGGGCAAGGCCGCCGCGAAGAGCAAAGUCAUGUCAGCUAUGCCUAGUACAUCCCGGGCUGACGAAGACGUUGAGAUGAUGGAUGCGGAGUGCAUGCACGCAGAGCUCGAACAACCCAGCGAGAAGCAUGAGGAUAUGGACGAUUAUACAGGCGGCGAAGAUGUUGACGAUGUCGAGCAACAUGAUGAGGGAGAUGAUCAGGACGAGCCGCCUGAGGAGGACCAGAGGGAACCUGCGAAGCAAUCAAGUGACGGUUUGGACGAACCGUCAGCCAUGGCAAUCUUUGGUGACUAUCGUCAGCUUGGGUCAUACAUGAUGGGUCUGUCUAGUCGUCUGAAGACUAUGCUGAACAAUAUCAAGCCCACCGCUGACCCCACUACGCGUCUCCUUACCCUCCAAGAGCUGAGCGAGCUGCUCAGCAUCAGUACGGAAGAUACUCUUGCCGGUUCUUUCCAGGUAGAGUCCUUCGUUCGAGAGCUCGUUCGCGUUCUGGGGGGCACUGGUGGAGAUCCGGAUGAAGACGACGAUCAAGAUCCACAAGACGUUGACGAGGAUGCUGCACUUGCGGCAGCCUUGGCAAUGAGCGCCGGUGGAGGUGCAUACCAAGGUGACGAGAAUCUAGAAGCUCAAGUGCUAGCGUGCAGGUGUCUCGCCAAUCUCAUGGAGGCGUUACCGGGUGUGGCGCACACCGUCGUCUACCACGGCGCCAUCCCUGUCCUGUGUAGCAAACUGAUCGAAAUCUCAUACAUCGAUUUAGCGGAGCAAACGCUCAGCACGUUGGAGAAGAUCUCUGAAGAGUUCCCGAGCUCGAUUGUCCGUGAAGGCGGUCUCGCUGCGUUGCUAAACUAUCUCGACUUCUUUUCCAUCGCUGUCCAGAGAACGGCCCUACAAGCAGCCUCGAAUUGCUGUCGUAACAUCUCGGCUGAACACUUCCCCAUGGUGCGCGGAGUAUGGCCCACUAUCCGCAAUUGCCUGGGAUAUGCCGAUCAACGACUGGUUGAGUUCGCAUGUCUCUGCGUCAUCCGUGUCGUAGAUGCCUAUCACCGUAUUGCUCCCGACAAACUGGAAAGCCUCGUCGAUGUCGACCUCGUUCGUGCCGUCAACCUACUUCUCUUGCCUUCCGGUGGAUCCCCGUUGAUUGCGGCGGGUACUUUUACGCUACUGCUCCGAGCGAUGGCAACAGCCGCACGCGCGAGUCCCAAGAUCACCCUCGUCUUGUUGGAGGCCGGCAUAGUGGACACCCUGUAUCAGAUCCUGACCGGUGUUCUGCCUCCCGCAUCUGAGGAUGGCGAGGAGCAGGGUGAUGGAGCCGGAGGACAAGGCCUUGGUGGCGGACUGGCGGACAUGACCGUCAUGGAGAACCUUGCGCAUCGUCCAAAGGAUCAAGUAGAAGAAACACUCAGUCUCGUAUCGGAGCUCAUGCCACCGUUGCCUAAGGAUGGUGUGUUUGAUCAUAAGACCUACACCGAGAGGGCAUUGUCCAAACUCGUCAAGGCAAGAGCGAAGGCUGAGCGUGCUGCUGCGCGGCAGGCGAUGUCCGCUGUAGCGGCCGCUCUGCUCGGGGAAGAUACGUCCACUGCAGGGGCCUCGACAGCGAUUCCUGCGCAGCCAGAGGACAGCGCUUCCCAAGACCCUGGUUCCGCAGAUACCCAGUCCAUACACGACGGUGACGAGAGCAUGAUCUCACUGAUACUACCGAAGGAGAUAACGUCCGACCGUACGGAGCUCUUGCGAUCAAAGCCUGCGGUUGUAGGAAGGUUCCUGCACCUCAUGGUGCCCAUUCUAGUCGACGUCUACGCGGCGAGUGUCAUGAGCCCGGUGCGGAUCAAGACACUCACCGGUCUAUUGAAAGCUGUCAGUUUCCUUGAGGCCGAUGAAUUGGUUCGGGUGUUCAAGUUUGUCCCCAUCGCAACCUUUGCAUCAUCAAUCCUCUCUUCCAAGGAUCACCCCAGCCUGGUUAUCGGCGCCCUCCAAAUAGUGGAAGUGCUUCUCAGCAAGGCUCCUGCAGAGUACAAGCCAGCUUUCAGACGCGAGGGAGUGCUGCACGAGAUCGAACUCCUCGCAGCGCGACCCGUCGCGACGAGGUCUAAAGACAAGGACAAAGACAAAGAGAAGGAGACUGACGCAUCAGCCCCUACGGAACCUCCUGCGACGUCUACCCCUCCCACAGCGGCUACCUCAGUACCUGGGGCCAAGAAACUGUCCUCUCUUUCUCUCGAGCCUGACGACGCCAUCACCUGGCGAGCAAGAGUCAUACGAUACAAGUAUCUGCUCGGAGCAGAAGAGGAACAAAGCGAUGACUUGUUCACUACACUCAAGUGCGUUGUUGAUGAAAUCAGCAAGCAAGAUGCUUCCGAAGGGGAGCUUGAGACCGCCCUUGCGUCCCUGGCCGAUUUGUUCGCUUCGCCGCAUACAUCUGUAUCCAGCUUUGAGCUCCUCCAGAGCGGCCUAGUGGAUGGUCUCCUGCGCCUUGUGACGGAUGAAGAGCGACAUGUGGGUCUUGAUCGACGACGGGAGCUACUCUACCGCGUGUUCACUACCCAGAAGUUGAAGACGAGUAUCACCGGUCAGACUCCUCUUGCAACGCUGGUCAAGAAGUUGCAGGAAAGUCUCACGAGGAUGGAGUCAUUCGAAGUUGUUACAGUCGCUCAGAGUUCAGAUGAUUCCAAGCGUAGUUCACCGUCGCUGCUCGCCCGCCAGCUGCGUCUACGUCUGGUCGCAGCUGAGGAUUCUGAUGUGCCAAAGAGCCUCAGUAACAUCGUCGUGUCCAUCCAUGCGAUCGCGACUUUCCAGGCUUUGCAUGACUAUCUUCGCCCACGAGUUGCUGGCUCUCUCCCAAGUGGUUCUCGGCUGUCAGGGAUGCUUGCAGCGCUCGCCGCGUCUGCCCUCGCGCCUCCAUCAUCUUCGCGUAGUGCACUUCCCACUUCACCCGCACCCAAUGCCGCCCCACCCGACUCCGCGAGUAUAGCACGUCGACGAAGCCUCCGUCUCAGUGCGAAGAAGGUAGGCGGCGUAGAUGGUCCUUCUGAGCCAUCAGCGCCGCCCGAGGCAGACGCAGCCCCGGAUCAGUUUCCCCCAAAGUCAUCAUCUGAUUCAUCACCAUCUGCCGCUCCUGAGGUCCCAGAAGCCACCACGUCACCAUCAGCACCGGAUAGUGCGUCAAGCGGGACUGCCGUGCAGGAACCCGAAUUCACUGCCGACUUCACUGAUGAUGAGAUCGAUGUAGAUGCUGAGGUUCUUGAGGACGACGAGCAGAUGGACAAUCCGGAUGCCGAUAAGACGAUAAACUUGUCAGUUGGUGAAGACGGAUCAAAGGUUGAGGCUCAAACUCCUGACGGGACAAGGGUGCCGACCCCAGCACCUGCGAAGAGUCGACCUCCUCUCAGUAGCGGACGUAGUGCCGCGAGUACUGGAGCGUCGUACGCCGCCGCAGUGAAGUCUAAACCAAAUGACUGGCACCUAGAGUUCUUUAUGGACGACCACAAACUGCCCCUUGACUUGACAAUCUAUGGUGCCGUGCACCAGCAUGAAGGGCGUAAGAAGUCUGGCCAGACGCUGUCGCCUAGCUUGUUUUGGCAGGGUGUUUACACUGUCAAGUUCAAGAAAGUCCCUGGUCCAGUCCCUCCGUCAGAGUCUCGGAGCGAUGAGUUCGGGUCACGAAGUCGCUCGCCAACUCCACCGUUGUCAUCGCUUCCAGAAGAUGCCCCGCAUGGGAAGAUACUGCGACUCUUACGUGUUCUGCAUAAACUGAACGUGCAGGAGAGCGAACGUCCUGCGGUGCCAGGUUACAGGCGCGUGCUACCGGAGAGCGCCUUUGUCAACAAUAAGCUCACGGCCAAAUUGACACGGCAACUGGAGGAACCCAUGAUCGUUGCCAGCUCAUGCCUUCCUGAAUGGGCCCUCGACCUUCCUCAACAUUUCCCGUUCCUCUUCCCCUUCGGCACCCGCUACAACUUCCUACAAUCGACAUCGUUCGGCUAUGCUCGCCUCAUUCUCAAGUGGCAAAGUCAGCAGAGCCGUGGCCAGGACAGUUCAAGGCGAGACGACGGCGUAGGUUUCCUGGGAAGACUACAACGGCAGAAAGUCCGCAUCUCUCGUCAGCACAUCCUCGAGUCUGCCGUCAAGGUGUUCGAGUUAUACGGUUCCUCGUCGUCCAUCCUCGAAGUGGAGUACUUCGAAGAAGUAGGCACGGGGUUGGGACCUACUCUCGAGUUCUACUCCCUCGUCUCGAAGGAGUUCGCGCGGAAGGACCUCAAGAUUUGGCGGGACGCUGACCCGACGCUCUCCGGUACAUAUGUCCACCAUCCGCUUGGUUUGUUCCCUGCGCCGAUCAAUGUAGAUAUUGUGGGUGACGUGUCGCACAAACGAACGCAUAUCUUCCGGGUGAUUGGGCAGUUUGUCGCAAAGGCCCUGUUGGAUUCUCGAAUCAUCGAUUUGUCCUUCAACAAGGUCUUCCUCAAGCUGGUUCUCGGAGAGGAGGUUUCUCUGACAGUUGAUAACCUUAGGCGCGUCGACCCCGACCUGGCUGCCUCGCUGGAACAGAUUCAGAGCUUCGCCAGUGUGAAGUCUCAGGCCGAGAAGAUCCGCCGUAAGCUAGGUGUCGUAGAAGACGUCAUGGUAGAAGAUCUUGCAUUGGAUUUCACGAUCCCUGGCUAUGACAUCGAAUUACGCCCUGGGGGCCGAAACAUCGCGGUCACUUCGGAGAACGUUGAUGAUUAUGUUCAUGAAAUACUGGACGCAAUCAUUGGCAGGGGUGCGCAACUGCAGGCGAAGGCGUUCCGGGAGGGUUUCUCGAAGGUGUUCCCGAUUGCCGAUCUGCAGGCGUUUACGACGGACGAGCUGGUUAUGUUGUUCGGGAACUCCGAAGAAGACUGGAGUCUAGAGACCUUAAGUGAGGUUUUGAAGGCUGACCAUGGCUUCAAUGUCGAGAGUCGUGCGAUCCAUGACCUGCUCGAGAUCAUGUCCGAGUUCAACCUGCCUACUCGCCGCAGCUACCUCCAAUUCAUCACCGGAAGUCCAAGACUGCCAAUAGGCGGCUUCCGAGGGUUGAACCCAACGUUGACGGUUGUGCGCAAGCCGCACGAGGCACCCCUGACCGCUGAUGACUACUUGCCGAGUGUCAUGACGUGCGUCAACUACCUCAAGCUCCCCGAAUACUCGUCCAAGGCCGUCAUGCGGGAGAAGUUGCACAUCGCCAUGCAGGAGGGCGUCGGAAGUUUCCACUUGUCAUAGUAUCGUCGCCGGUUUGUCGUCCGCUAUUCUCUGUAUCUCUUGUUGCUGUGCUUUUAGCAUUCCCUCACACUCCGUACUACGUAGACCAUCUUUGGACGUUCAUAGCAUCCCCUCAAUCCAUGUAUCAAGCAUACGGAUAUGCGAAUACUAUGUAAUUUAUGCCAUACUCUCAUUGAAUGAAUGUUCUGUUGGUCCUUGCCUU